UCUUUCCUAAGCAGCACUACCAAAUCUUCCAUGGCUUCUUCUCCUAGUGGGACUUCCUCCGGAUCCAGCCAGCUCCAGAAUUCUGGUUCGGAAGAAGACCUGCAGGCCGUGAUGGACCAAAAGAAGCUAAGGCGAAUGAUAUCGAACCGCGAAUCCGCGAGGCGGUCGAGGAUGCGCAAGCAGAAGCAUUUGGACGAGCUGAUGGCACAUCUGAACCAGCUGAGGAAGGAGAACCGCCAGCUCUCGACAGCCUUCAGCCUCACCAAGCAGCAGUAUGUUGCAGUGGAGGCUGAGAACUGUGUCUUGAGGGCUCAGAUGAUGGAGCUUGGCAACAGGCUGCAGUCUCUUGAUGAGAUCCUCAGCUUCCUUAACAUGAACAUCAACAUCAGUGGUCAUCAAAUGAUUGACAAUUCCAUCAAAUGUUUGAAUCAGCCCAUCAUGGCCUCAGCAGACAUGUUCUACUAUUGACAGACCAAAAAGGUCACUGGCACUGUAUGACUGUGGUGUUUGUCAUGUUGUGGUCGACUGGUUCGUAUUUUACCUUUGUGUCAAGUGUUGUGUGUGUAUGGAGUCAGGGUGGAAGGAGUUUGCAUGUUGUGAUGAAGACCUUGAAGUAUGUCAGGUUUUGGUUUUGGUUUGUAUGUGGUUUAUUACCUACAUAUGCAUUCAGAGCCAAGAUUGUAAUAGGUCUUUCUUUAUAUAUAAUACAUGAAUAGUUGCAUUCAGAU